AGCUCAAAGGAACUGGAGGUCUUGGUUUUAGACGAGGCAGAUCGGUUAGUUCGCAAUCUCGAACACAAAUACUCAAUUUACGAUGUCAAAACAGAUUACUUGAUCUAGGGUUUCAAAAUGCCUUGACUCGCAUCAUUACCCAUUUACCAAAGCAACGUAGAACUGGUCUGUUUAGCGCCACGAUGACGGACGCGGACGCUCUGUCAGAACUAGUUCGUGUGGGUUUGCGAAAUCCCGCACGUGUGGUCGUAAAGGUUCAGACAAAGAAGUCGAAAGCUUCAGGAAAAAACUUUGAACGAGGUGAUCUCUUAGAGGAAAGGCGGAUCCCUGCCAACCUCAAAAAUUUCUACAUUAACUGUUUAGCAUCGGAAAAGCUAGUGCAACUUGGGCGGAUUAUCCAACAAGAGACCACCAUUCACAAUGCUUCGCAUUUUAUCGUCUACUUCGCGACUUGUGCAUGCGUGGACUAUUUCUAUGCAGUGAGUUCAAAUGCCUGCGUCUGUUUUGGAUAAUAUUUUGACAACUUGCGUCACCAGAUUCUCCCUCACAUUCUCCCGCCUUCCACCAAACUACAUUCGCUUCACGGCCACCUUCCCCCGUCUGCCCGGACUCGCACACUAGCUACAUUCUCUUCUUCUUUGUCAUUACCCUCGUCUCCCUCGAUACUGCUCGCAACGGAUGUUGCUGCGCGAGGCCUCGAUCUUCCACAUGUCGAUGUCGUCGUCCAAUUCGAUCCACCUUCAGAUCCCAAAGCGUUCUCCCAUAGAUGUGGACGGACAGCUAGGGCUGGACGAAGUGGGAAGGCGUAUACGCUGUUAGUAGAUGUAGAAACGGACUAUGUUGAUUUCAUGGCAGUUCGCAAAAUUCCUCUUCGCUUACACGCAUAUAUCCACGCGGAUGAGUCCGUCACAGAGACAGCUAGUAGCGAGCAUGAAGAAGAUCCAUCUGUCAAUCAAAAUCUGCAACGAACCAGACAGCAAUUAGCUACGGAUCGUGCAUUAAAUGACAAGGCUGUUAAAGCAUUUGUCUCUUUCGUUCGGGCUUAUUCGAAACACGAAGCAUCCUACAUAUUUCGAGUCAAAGAUCUUGACCUAGUUGGCAUCGCCAAGAGCUUCGGGCUCCUGCGACUUCCCCGAAUGCCCGAGUUGAAGGGUGCAAAUAGGGAGACAUGGCAGGACGCUCAAAUAGAUUGGGAUACGUAUGCUUACGCAGACAAGGCACA